AUGAGCUCCGAUCACCUUGACCUUGACGAUGAGGAGCCCCCAGCUCUAGUUUCGACUGAAACUCUCCUCAGCCUCGAAGACCUUCAGCUAUCAAAGGCACCGAUAACAAUUGUCACGGGAUACUUGGGAGCUGGGAAAACUACCCUCUUAAACUAUAUCCUUACUGAGCAACAUUCAAAGAAGAUCGCAGUCAUUUUAAACGAAUUUGGAAACUCAAGCGAUAUCGAAAAAUCGUUAACCAUCCAGAGAGAUGGUCAGCAAGUUGAAGAAUGGCUGGAGCUAGCAAAUGGCUGUAUUUGCUGCUCAGUAAAGGACAUAGGGGUAGCGGCCAUCGAAAAACUUAUGGAACGCCGGGGCAAGUUUGAUUACAUCCUUCUAGAAACGACUGGGCUCGCAGACCCUGGAAAUAUAGCGCCUAUGUUUUGGCUAGACGAAGGCCUUAAAUCAACGAUAUUUUUAGAUGGAAUUAUUACCCUUGUCGAUGCAGCAAAUAUUAUUCGUACCCUCGAAGACCAGCAGGAAUUCUCGAAAGAUGAUGAAGCGGGUGUUGGGAUGACUACUGCACACUUACAGAUCUCUCACGCGGAUGUGGUGGUGAUAAACAAGGCAGACCUAGUUACUCGGGAAGAGAUGGAGAUCGUUGAGCAGAGGAUAGCGGGCAUGAACGGAUUAGCAAGAAUUAUUGUCACGGAGAGGGGUAAGGUAGAUAAUCUUGGUGAAUGGCUCUUGGAUUUGAAGGCCUACGAAAAUGUUGGGGAGUUGAAAAUACCAAUUAAAACUCGGUUAGAUGAGACAAUUUCAACUGUUUCUCUUGAGCUCCCCGAACUAGAUGGAGAGAUGUUGGAUUCCUUGGAUGCUUGGAUUAGGUCUUUAUUAUGGGAAGCGGAAGUUCCGAGUCCGUCGAAAAAAGCGGGCGAUCAGGUCUCAGGACACUCGAACGAACAACCGAUUCUCGAUAUCCACAGAUUGAAAGGGAGGGCUAUCACGAAAACGGGAAAUGUCCUGCUAAUACAGGGCGUACGAGAAACCUUUGAGAUAUUUGAUGCGCCGGAUCAGAACCUAACAGCGGAAGGUGAAGGAAAGCUGGUUCUGAUUGGGAGAGGAUUAAGAGAUGUGGAUGUGAAGGGGAGUCUGAAGUGGUUCCUGUCUCGCGGAAAAGCCGAAUGAACCAAACCGGAGAACGAUAAAUGAACAAAACAAAAUGUUUUGCUGUUG